GAUGCUGGCAACUUGUGCUUUCUGAUCUCAGAACUCCUCAGCAGUGACCAUUUUCCUGCAUAUUUGCGGAAUGUCGCGCUCUAUCUGGGGCAAGGCUACACGGAGGAUAUUCUGUACCCCUGUCUCGAAGCGGAUGCGACAACUUGUAGUUUGUGGCCGUUUACAUACGAUUUGGGCAGUAAAGAACGAGAAGCAGCUGGACACCAAAAGACCUGCUUCACCGCUUUCGCGUGUAUGUUUCAGUCAUUGCAAGGUCGCAACAUCGAACUAAGGAUUCUUGCAUUCGCUUAUCUUAAGGCUUCCGCGUGAAUUAAUAUCCGUCUCCAGAGAGAAGCAUUUAAAAGCUGUCCCACAAGAGUAGGGAGAAACAGAUGAUCCGAGAUUGGGGUGACGGUGAGCUCUAAUUGUCAUAACUUGCAGAUUUUUAAGCAAGAGGAACUGGAGAAGCGGGUCUCUGGAGGGGAAGAGGCAAGACAGGCAAGUGAGCACUUUUUGAGCGAUCUCACGUGCUGCUGUGAACUGCUAGCGGAAAGGCUAUACAGUUCUGUGUUGGUCUCGACAUUAUGGGGUCGUGGAGAACAAGAAGAAGAAGAACGAGAUGGAGGUGAACGUGGACAAAAUGAAGUAGAUUACUCCAAAGAUGUUGAACCCAAAGAGAUGCGCGAAGUAGGUUCCUCAUCAAUGACAACAGCUACUACCUCUGCAGCAGCUCCAUCAGAAAAUGAGAAGAACAUUCUUGAACUGCUUGUGAAUGUAUUCCUCCAAUUGCGUGACUUCUACAGACGCGCGCUGCUGGCGACCAACGCCUUGUCGCCAGUGAACCCAGAGGAACGACAGAAAGCGAGAACACUACAUUUUGCGAAGUUUGUGCAACCCAGACCCAUGUACUUCGGACACUACCAACAGCUAAUCUACAACCAAUCGAAUCCAACGUCCAGUUAAGGCCUCUUAUUUCUUGAGUAUAAAUACACUUCUUCGUGUCAUAUCGUAAGCAGCUCCUCCAACCUAGUAGCUUUUUUGUUGUUGUUGUUGUCUACUGUCUACAAGUGCAGCCCCGAGUGGUGGUCGCGACAUGGAUGAAUCCCUCUAACCUAGUAGCGCAGCCCCGAGUGGUGGUCGCGAUAUGGAGUCGGACCAUAGUCGGAAACUCAAGCUUUUACAGGGUGCUGGCGGUAAUAUUGUAGCCGGAGAAAGUCGCUACCUCUCGGAGCCAAGCCUUUAUUUAAGGCAGCUACCGCUGAAGCAUCGUCGAGGCUCAACGCCGUGGUUUCAUCUAUUCUACUUAACUUUCUUCAAGAACUACAGGGUCACUAGUGUAGUUCGUGUUGUUCUCAAAUUCUCAUUUAAUGAGGGGACGAAAAUUUUCGGUCAGGGAUGGGCUCAAGGAUGCGACGAGGUAGCUCUAAUCCAUCCGACGGAGUUUCUCAUUGCUUUGCGUGUGAUACAGAUGAUCCAGCUGCAGUUGGAGAUGUUGCGCAGCACGGCAAGUAAUACCAACAACACUGGUAAUGUUCCUAGAUCUUCCUCUUCGUCUUCGACCUUUUUGCGAGAUAUCAUAGCGUCCUUAGAAGAGAUAACAGGGAUCAAACCACCUUGCUCCUCUGCCUUUUUUGCGCAACAAGAGUCUGCUGUGAGUGGAGGCGCAGAAGGCGAGAGUUCUGUGGACUUUGCCGGAUCUGCAGCGAGAGAUGACUUUUACGAAGGCUAAUAUCUAUACCUCUUUCAAUCCUAACAACAUCUACCUGGACCCUGUCGCAUUUGAUGAGUGAGUGGACGUGUAUAACCACUCACUCUGCUUAGGUAGACCACACUUUUUGAGUCGAGACAUCUAUUCGAAACCUCAAAAUAUGCGAGCUACUGACUGAAAUAAGAGAGUCUUGACGACAUUCUUCUUCUUUCAGUAUCUCCCUUAUUUUCAAUAGUUGCUCGGUUAUUUCAGUUUUUCGAACCAUCCUCGUUCUAAUCUCCUCACCAUCCUCGUUCUAAUCUCCUCAUGAUCCUUCUGGCAGUCAUCUUCAACAGCAUGUUGUGCAACAGCAUUUGGAGGACAGCGUGGCCAAUGCACAAAGCUGGCGCACUGGCUUAGUACCUGUCACGACGUUUCGUUUGAACCAGGUGCCUCUGCGCGGGUCGAUUUUAUCCUGUUAUCCACGAAAGUCCGUGUUGCAUACGCUCGUGUUAAGGUGGUCGUAAGGGUAUUUAUUAGCUUUGACACCAUUUCUAUAACUAGUACUUAAUAUACGGCGAUCACACACAGUCGUCGUCCUGAGCAGCGUCAGGUGAGCUUGUUUCGGUGACGGCCGGUAUCGAUUCUAGUAGGGUUUUUUGUACGUUAAAAACUAGGUUUACACCAGUAGGUGGACGGUCGUAUUGUCUAGUCGAAUCAUCCUUUCCUAGGCUUUAGGCCCAUUGUCUAGUCAGCCUUUCCAAAACAUCUCGCAACAAGUUGCGCUGCUUCAGCUUCUUCUAAAAGUCGGUAUCAUCGACGUCCUGCGUGAAUACUGCUCUUUGCCUUUGUGGACCAGUUCUACGGGCGGAUCGGGUGUGACUUCAGUCCUGGGCGAUUCUUCCAGUGCGCCUUCACCGAGUACUGGCGCUUCGACGCGACGAUCGUUGCUUCUUGCAGUUUUGUUUAUGCACAUGAAGAUGGUGUACUAGAACAAGUUGUAGUUCAUGAUUUUUUCUGCUAAAGUGUAUAGUAGGUUCUGGUGUUAUUUGGUAAAAACCUGAGUUUGAUCCUAAGGGUUCUCUUCUUGUUUUCCCUUAUGAUCAAACUCAGGCUAUACCAAAGACCGGAACCAUUCAUAAAGACAAAGAGGUACAACACAAGUUUUGUUUAUCAUGAACGCGGUCGCAACAUACACUGAGGUCGUCGUCAGUCGUGAUUUAAAUGUGGUUGUUGUCGUGAAGCUUGUGUCAUGGUGUACGUGCGCCUCAUGGUCACGCUCUUUCAUUUUGAUUUUGAGUCAGCGCAUAUGAUGCGAUUUUGUUUCGUUUUCUGAAUUUCUCGAGUCUUUUCUAUUCUAAUUCCUUUUCACUCUUCAUUGAUUUCUGCUCUAAUUCCUUUUCACACCUUUGUUUUUUCCAGCCAAAGGUGGUUUCCUUGGAAGAUACGGCAACGGGCCUCCUACAUCGAAUGGGCGUCGACCUUCCUACUUUGGAGUUGCUAAGAGAUGAGCUUGCCUCUCCUCCUGGGCAGGCUACAACGUUUUUUAAGGGUCUAGGCCAAAGGUUUUCCUGUUGCCGUUUGUUAUGCUUAUGGCUCUCCAAAACCAAAAGGAGACAGGCAUAACACACGGGAUACAGAAACACCAAAAUCGUGCUUCUAAGUUUUAUCCCGAAGACGGCGAUUUGGAGCUGCAGCAAGAAGACGAGUCUUCUUCUUUUAGUACCCAAGAAUUAGAACAUGAUCAAUCGAGAAGAUCAUGUCCAAAGCGGUUUUUUGUCGCACAAGAACCCUCUCUCCUGGAUGAGCGGACACUUGAAGUUGUUACUUUCUUAUGCAGGCUUAUUUCCCAUCAGCUGAUUGUGUAUUUCAAUCUUUGACUUCUUCAGUUACUCCUACUUUUUUUCAAGGGGAUGAAAUUGAAACUAAUGAUACGUAGCACGUUCAUGAUGACCUUUUCUCUUUCUCUUUGAUCCCUUUCUUAAGAUGACGCUCGAGAUGCAUUUCCCUUUCCUGACCACCUCUAAUCUUAGCAGAAGAUCACAGUAAACGCGGUGAAGGGAGGCCUAGAAAGGAACUGGCAUUCUUAAGACUUGGCGAAAGUUGGAUGCUAUGGGCGAAUAGUUGUAACAGAACGCUGACAGACCCAAUGCCGAUAAGGGACUAUUUUGCGCUCUCAUAG